CGCGUUACAAAGGCAGGCGGACCGCCGACGCGAGUGUGCUGAGCGGCAGGACAUAGCGGCUGAAAAGGACGAGCGCUCAAAAGGACGAAACGACCCAGGAUUUGCGGAGCGAGUGCGAGACCACCUAAUGCUAAUUGAAAUUUACGAUUAUGCUGCGAAAGUAUUAAACAAUAUGACCGCCAGAGGAGCAAGGAAUACAGUGGGAAAAGCAGCCGAGAGCCAUAAGAAGGAAUCAACAGGGAAGUUGGGCAGCCUGCUUGGACGCACACUGGCCAAAGUGGCCAAGGUGGUACGCACCAAUCCCGCCCAGCACGUGACCAAUCUGCCCGUUUCCGCCCUCCUGCUCCAGGCCCUCGACGUGGCGGACGUGGCCCGCGGCCAGGGAAUCGAUCUGCCCAUCACCACCACCAGCAGCACCACCAGCAGCACCACCAUCCCCGCCAGCAGCAGCAGCAGUGGCCCAACGGAUGUGCUCAGCGGUCCGCCGGCAGCGUUCUCAUUUCCCGCCAACGCCACUGGAGCAGCGGGAAGUGCGGGGUAUGCGGAUGCAUACCUGCCCACGGCCAAUCUUAGCGGUUUCAUCGAAUCCUCAACCACGGCGGCGAUGAGCACACUGCCCAUUCCGCUGCCAAUCCCCACCAGCACCAUGGCCACGCUCCAGGCCCAAACGGUGGCCACCUUCAUCGCCGCCACCGGCAGCAAGAAUCGCCCAACGACCAUCGUUGUCUACCCAACGGUUUCACCCGAGUCGAUUGUCAUCCCGAUCGUCUCCUGUAUCUUCGGCUUCCCCAUCCUGGCGCUCCUGGUGAUCUGCUGCCUGCGAAGGAGGGCCAAGUUGGCCCGGGAGAGGGACAGGAGGCGGAACUACGAUAUGCAGGACCAUGCCGUCAGCCUGGUCAGAUUUAGUCCAAUACAUAGGCUUAAUUACCGAUCGUCGCGAGCUAUCAGUCUACGUCCUGAACGAAGCCUAAGCCAGGGCUUCACCUCUCUGGAGCUGGACACUGUGCUGGAGGAGCGAUGCAGCGACGUGGAGCAAACGCAGACGGAGAUGUUCAACGCGGAGUCGCCGAUGGACACCACCUCCUACAAGAUGUCCAUCUCCUCGAGCUAACAGUUAGCCAAGCAGCAGCAACUGGCGCAGGCAUCGGCCCAACCGGAGCUCCGAGAUGCCCAAAUAGAGCGCCAGGAGCCGGUACCGAAGGUUCCGCCGGCCAAGUCCUCAUCGCAGCUGGCACCACCGCCACAGCUGCGUAAGACGGCCAGUGUGCGCGAUGAUCCUGCUGGCUUGGCCAAGCGACGCAGUCGCCUCCAGGAGAUCCGGGCUGCCAGCAGCAGUGUGAGUGGAGGUGGCGGCGAGGCAGCUGCCGCCUUCACCAAGCGGGAAUCCAAGCGGGAUCGCCGCUUGAUCGCCACUGGCGCACCAGCAGCAGCUGGAAGUGGUAGCAGCGACAGGGAAUCGCAGUCCCCCACCAUGCGCAAGUCGCAUUCCCUGGACGCCGCCGAGAGCUACUCGUUGGCCAGCAUCCAGGCGCCGCUCUGGGUGACCCUCACCAAUGCCCGCACCAUCGACGAGCUGGCCCAGCAGAAGAUGUGAGCUCCAGUGGCAUCUGCAUCUGCAUCUGCAUCUGCAUCUCUCAUCAGAGUCGUUCACUUAGCCAACCUCCGACAGUGUCUACAGCGCCCCGCCCACUUAGAAAUCGUGUAAAUGUUUAGAUGAAUUUCGAAUUAGUCACAUUAGCGACUCAAACGAGCUACUUGCAUCAAUAACUAAAGCUAAACCAGUUUAAUGACGUUAAAGACCAAACAGAAAUAGUAAA